CGAAAGUGGAAAUACCGAACUUUUUAGCGCGAAUUUUUUCCCGGUUUAAAAGUCAAACAGCAAGUGUUCUGGUCACUGGUUCUGGUGCUUUCUUUCAAAUUUUUCAAAGUAUGGGCGCUUUAGAAAAGCUUUUAUACGUUUUAGACUUAUUAGCAAGCUUUAUUUUAACUCGUUUUCCGUACGUAUGUAUUUUAACGUCACUUUUACAAGCGGGACAGAGGCAAAUUAGACAACCUGAUUCAUGGUUGGAGGCAAUGGUUCACCCCACCUACGUCCACGCGAUGAUAUAUUUUAUUUGUGGCGGUGGUAUGACAGUGGAUUCCACAAGAAGGGUUGCUGGGUUUGGUGCGGCUGCUCAUACCGGAUUCUUUGCCGUAAAGACUUUGGUUAAACCUCGUUUUUCAGAAUGGUUAAUGGUAAGUAGUUGAAAUAUUAUGCUUCCCCCCCCCCGGUUCUUUUAGCAAAGUAGCACAGUAUAGGGACCAACAGAACAUUGACUCAGCCAAAAAGGCAUAACCAAUGCCACACCAUGAUUUGCAAUGAUUCGUCAUCAAAAUGCUGUCGCCAUCUUCCUAGCCAAUGUGAUGAGAGGUAUUUCCCCCCUGAAUGUCCACCAUUUUCAGGGGGGUGAUGCACUGGCUAGGACCAUGGCAACAGCAUAAUAUACAGUGUUCUCAUAAUAAAACAGCCAACAAAUUAAUGAGAUAUUUACUGUAAUAAAUAUUUUGUCAAAUUUGUUACAAAUAUUAAUGAAACCUUGCAAAUUACGAGUUUAUGUUUGUUAACUGCAGUAAGCAACUUGCCAAGUUGGCUUUGCAAGUUCCACACAGCAAUAUUCCAAAUUUAGAAACGUAUUUGGGAAUAUUCUUAAGAAAUUUGGGAGCUGCAUUUUCAAUCGACAAUAAUCAAAUUAUCAUAAAUUGACAGAUUAAAAUAUUCGCAAGAAAUGUUGCUAUCGCUGGUGGAUACCUAUUAGUAGCUGGGGGUCUUGUCGACAGCAAAAAAUCACCAAACCUACGCCCAUCGUUACUUCAACUUGGCCGACAAACACAAGCCUUUUAUGCCAUUUUUAAUGGCUACCUGUUAUGGGCAAGUCCUGCGGAUCGUGCCGUCCACAUCUCGCAUCUACCUCUGGGACGGUUGGUGACAACGUGUUUAAUAAUUUUAUUCAUUCUAUGCGGAAUUAUGCUUUACGGGGGAUUACAGGUCCCAUACUUCGCUCGGCUGGUGGCGUGGAUGUUGGUCAUAGUGACGGUUUUUGUCGAGUUUGACACAAAAUAUUGGAAGAUUAGGGGCAUGCCAUUUUGGGAACAGGUACUUGUCGGGUCACAGAAUAUCUGUGCUAUUGCAAAUUUGAUCAUACUUGGUAGGAUUAGGGAAUGGUAGCUUUUAAUUAAUCAAGUUUCUAGACAAUUUUGUCUUCAUACUCAUAAAUACACAGCAGUCUGAUAAAAAUGAGCUAGGAUUUCAUUGUUUUGAGCAAAGGACCUUUGUCAAAAAAGUUAGCAGUAACUUUGUCACUAAUAGAUAAAGUUGUGUCAUGGGUGCUAAAAACUGCCCUCCAGUUUUUGAAAAAACAUAGUAAUCUCUUUUCUCUGAAGACCGUUUUUGCUAUAAAGGUCACAAAAAUCACUAUUGUAUAAAGAAUCAGGAAGGCUACCCAUGACAAAGGCACUUUGCUCAAAAUCCAUUGCUUUAUCAGAAAACACUCAGUUCAUUGUUAAAUUGUCUCAUAUUGAAGCUGUAGAAAUAUUACUAAUUAACAGAAAAGAUAACAAACUACUGUUUAGAAAUAUUUAUUCACAAGACACACAAGUUCAUUUGUACACGUAUUAGCAUUGCAAAGGGCGAAAGCAAUUCUGAUCUACUGUAUGGAUCGGAAAUACUACAACUUUGUAAUCCGACAUCAGCUUUUCUGUAGUUCAUAGAUCUAAACAGAGAAAAAUAGAGGUUUCAAAACAAGAUUUUGGACACUUGUUCAAUAUAAUUAAAUGCAGAUGGUUUUUGGAGAUGGUAUUUUCAACUGGAUUUGUGGUCAAUUCUCGGCA